UUUUUUUUUUUUUUUCAAAUUGACGGUUUGGGUUUUUAAGGUGGUUGCAACGCUAGUUACAAUAAGGGUUUCUAUACGAUUUUUUGUUGCAAUUUAGGUUGCAGCGUUACUUGCAAUAAAUGUUUCUAUGUAGAGUUCCGUAAAAAUAAAAAAAAAAACUAUUUUAAAGUGUAAAAAUAAAAAAACUUAAAACUUAUUUAUUAGUUAAUAAAAAUUUGCCUUAGUAAUCUUUAAUGUCUAGAUUAGUUGGCUAGUGUUUUGUUUUUUUUUUUUGGAGUUAUGAUAAGAGAAAUGGUUAUUCUUUUUUUUUAGAUAAAUAAAGAGAAAAAUUGAGUUAAGUUAUUAUACUUCGUUUCCCGCCUGCCUGACAAGCUUACGCGAAAGACCCACCGUACGAUUAAAGUAAAAGGAGAACAAAAAGAUGGAAAGAGUCGAGCCGGUAAGUAAGAUCAUAGGCAAGCCACACAAGCCGAGAGUAGGCUUCACGCGCCCAUCCCGGCGACCUGUCUCCUACACUCGCGGCUCAUGCGGCCGGCACUCAUCUCUAACGACACCCCACCGACGCGACCUCUAUAGGUUUGCCCUAGAGACGUUUCUUCUCAACCCAAAAACAAAAUAACCGGCAUUAAUCCUCUCCACUCCAACCCACCUUCUCAGAACGACGAUCCCCAACCUGACACACGUCGUCAAAACAACAAUCCCAACCACCACCCACCCCACCGUAACCUUCAUCUAUGGGCGACAUCACGGAAUCCUUAACUCCGUCCUCCGCCACUCCCGUCUCCUCUCACUCCCGGCCCAUGCCGGUCCGUGAGGACUGCUGGAGCGAGGAGGCCACAUCUACUCUCAUCGACGCAUGGGGCCGCCGCUAUCUCGAGCUCAACAGAGGUAAUCUUCGGCAGAAGGAUUGGCAAGAUGUGGCCGACGCUGUCAACGCUCUCCAUGGCCAUACUAAGAAGACCCACCGUACCGAUGUCCAGUGUAAGAACCGAAUCGAUACCAUUAAAAAGAAGUAUAAGGUUGAGAAGGCUAGGGUUUCCUCUUCCAAUGGGGCCUUAUCUUCAUCCUGGACUUUCUUCGAUCGUCUAGAUGCCUUAAUUGGUUCCAACCAGAAAAAGCCCUCUCCUUCUCUAUCGCCGUCGCCGCCGAUCGCUGUUCCCCUUCAUUCUUCAUCUUCGUAUCGGAAGAAUUCGUCCGCGGCAACCGUUGCUAGUUCCGCUUUAGUGGCUCUGCGACAGAAGCGACCGGCCCUUUCUGCAGCCCCGGAAGAGGGGUUUUUCAGGAGGAAUUACUCUGCAAUGGCUGCUGCAGCUGCUGCGGCAGAGGCAGAGGAGGAUGAAGAUGAUUUGGAGAAUGAAGAGGACGUGGAGGAGGAGGAGGAGGUUGAGAAAGAGAGAUAUAGUGAUGACGAGAGUGUAGAUGGUGCAGGGUUACGGAGUUUGGCUAGGGCGAUAUCGAGGUUUGGUGAAGUGUACGAGAAAGUUGAAGCAGAGAAAUUGAGGCAGAUGGUAGAGUUGGAGAAGAAGAGGAUGCAGUUUGCGAAGGACUUGGAGGUUCGAAGGAUGCGGAUGUUCAUGGACACGCAGUUACAGCUAGAGAGGAUCAAGCGUGGAAAGCGAUCAGGAUCUAAUGAUAUAUAUGGCUAGCCAUGAGAAGAGAAAGCACAUGUAGCAUCCGUUUCAUCAUUGCUACAAAGUACAUAAUGUUGCAGCUGAUAUUUGAUUAAAGAAGAUUACUGUUGGAGUCAGCUGUAUUGUUUAUUAGAUUCUUUUUGUAUGCUCAUGUUCUUGUUGAUCUUUUGGUUUGUUUCUUCUUUAUCAACUUAUAAGGCCCAAUCUUGAGCUGAAUUUAUUUUAGUUGUUAUACCUCUCCCCUAUCCCCCACACCACCUUCACAUAUGUACGAACUAUUCUGUGGAAUAGAUUUGGCCAGGAAUAGAGGAAAACUAGUUGUGCUUUUUCCUUUCCUUUCUUUUCGAUGAAAUAUGUUUACCAAUUGCACUCUGUUUCUAUAAAGGUUUUACAAAAUAAAGUUGACAGUGUUAGCCUAAA